AGACAUUAAAAAUGAAAUUUGCUGCUGUUUCGGUCAUGAGAGGUGACGGUCCUGUCAAAGGUGUCGUCCAUUUUAGCCAGGAUGCAAAUGGGCCAACAAAGAUCUUUGGUGAAAUCACUGGCCUGACUCCAGGAAAACAUGGUUUUCAUGUUCAUGAAUUUGGUGAUAACACCAAUGGGUGCAUGUCAGCAGGUGGUCAUUACAAUCCUUUUUUGAAGAGCCAUGGAGGGCCUGGAGAUUCUCUCAGGCACGUUGGGGAUCUCGGAAAUGUGGUGGCAGACGGUUCAGGAGUGGCCAAAUUUGAGAUGGUGGACAGUUUAAUUCAACUGACCGGCGCUGAAUCAGUCAUAGGUCGUACAUUGGUCAUUCAUGCUGAUGAAGAUGAUUUGGGCAAGGGAGGGUACGAAGAUAGUACAACAACGGGCCACGCCGGGGCCAGGGUGGCUUGCGGGGUUAUUGGAAUAGCCAAGCCUAAUUGACUAAGGAGCGGAAGUGCCAGACUUUGAUUGGCAGUUGUUGAGAAUGAUACUCAGAGUUUAAGAUUUUUUCUUUUGUUGGAUUUGUUUUCUACAUUCUUGAAAAAAAAUUUUCCGUUAUGCUUUGUUAUCACUUAACGUCAAUUAACAGGUAUAUUAUAACUUGACUGUUGUCAUUUAGAUUGUAGAUUCUUUCAGUUUUCUUUUCGAACUUCGUUUGAUGAAGUCGUGGAUUAAUAACCCACUUGAUUUUUUCGUUGUAUAUAAAUUAUUGAAAAAUGGGCUUUAGUAUAUUGUAUUCGAAAAAUUUGAGAUUUUAUAAUAAAAGUUAUGGAAAACCAG